UAAUCACACCAAUCAUGUUAUACUCUCUCUCUCUCUUCUCUCUCUCUCUCUCUCUCUCUCUCUCUUUGCAACUGGUAACUGUUUAACAACUUCGAUCUGAGCUUCCUGUUAAUGCUCGUUAAUGCUCGUUGAUGGUGAAAUUUGUUGUUCAGAGAGUCAGAUUGUGAGAUCUAGCGGUGGAACUGUAGAUUGUUGAGGUGAAUCGAGCUUCAGUUCGUGAAUUUCGCUCGUUGAGGUGAAUCGAGCUUUAAUUCGUGAAUUUCGGUGAGAUUUCGUCGGUUUUGGUGCAAUUUGUUGCUAAAAUGGUAAGAUAUUAAGAUCUAGGGUUAAAACUGUUGAUCGUUGAGGUGAAUCGAGCUUCAGUUUGAAAAUUCCGGUGAUAUAUCGUCGGUUUUGAUGCAAUUUGUUGUGAAAUUAGUAAGAUAUUAAGAUCUAGGGUUAGAACUGUUGAUCGUUGAGGUGAAUCGAGCUUCAUUUUGAAAAUUCCGGUGAUAUAUCGUUGGUUUUGGUGCAAUUUGUUGUGAAAUUAGUAAGAUAUUAAGAUCUAGUGUUGAUUUGUAUAUCGUUGAGGUGAAUCGAGCUUCAAUUCGAAGAUUCCGGUGAGAUUUCGUCAGUUUUGGUGCAAUUUGUUGCUGAAUUUGUAAGAUAUCAAGAUCUAGGGUUUGAACUGUAGUCGGUGAGGUGAAUAGAGCUUCGAUUCGAAAAUUCCGGUGAGAUAGUGUCGGAAUUGGUUCGCCGGCAGGGAGAAAUGGCGAUAUCGUUCCCGGAAGAGGUGUUGGAGCAUGUAUUCUCGUUCAUAACGUCGCAUACAGACCGGAAUGUUGUAUCGUUGGUGUGUAAGUCGUGGUAUGAGAUAGAACGGUGGUGUCGGAGGAGGAUUUUCAUUGGAAAUUGUUACGCGGUGAGUCCGGCGAUGAUGAUUAGGAGGUUUCCGGAGGUGAGAUCUGUGGAGUUGAAAGGGAAACCGCAUUUUGCGGACUUUAAUUUGGUGCCGGAUGGUUGGGGAGGGUAUUUUUAUCCUUGGAUCUGUGAAAUGGCUAGGGCUUAUCCGUUGUUAGAGGAGAUUAAGCUGAAAAGAAUGGUGGUUACGGAUGAGUGCUUGGAGUUGAUUUCGAAGUCGUUUAAGAACUUUAAGGUGUUGGUGUUGUCUUCUUGUGAGGGUUUCAGUACCGAUGGGCUUGCUGCCAUUGCCGCCAAUUGCAGGAAUUUGAGAGAACUGGAUUUGAGGGAGAGUGAAGUGGAAGACCUGAGUGGGCAUUGGCUAAGUCAUUUCCCUGAUUCUUGCACCUCAUUGCAGUCCUUAAACAUGUCUUGUUUGGCUUCCGAGGUGAGUUUUUCAGCGCUCCAACGCCUCAUCGCUCGCUCACCCAACCUAAAGACUCUUCGACUCAAUCGCGCUGUUCCCCUUGAAAAACUCUCCACCCUACUUCACCGGGCCCCACAGCUUGUUGAACUGGGCACAGGUGCCUAUUCUGCUGAAAUUCGACCCGAUGUGUACUCAAAUCUAGCAGAGGCUUUCUCUAGAUGCAAGGAACUUAUGGGUCUUUCUGGAUUUUGGGAUGUUGUUCCUUCUUAUCUUCCAGCUAUUUAUUCUGUUUGUUCUAGACUCACCUCGUUAAACUUGAGUUAUGCCACUAUUCAAAGCCCAGAUGUUACCAAAAUCGUCACUCAAUGUCCUAAUCUGCAGAGUUUAUCGGUGCUGGAUUACAUUGAAGACGCCGGGCUCAACGCGCUUUCGUUAUCCUGUAAGGACUUGCGAGAACUUCGAGUUUUUCCGUCUGACCCGUUCGUAGCAGAUGCAAACGUAUCAUUAACAGAACAAGGUCUAGUUGCGGUUUCCGAAGGGUGCUUGAAGCUCCAAUCGGUUCUUUACUUUUGUAGACAGAUGUCAAACGCUGCAUUGACCACCAUCGCUAAAAACCGUCCUAACCUAAACUGUUUCCGUCUCUGCAUUCUCGAACCACGAGCCCCUGAUUACCUAACCCUCGAACCACUCGACAACGGUUUCGGAGCGAUAGUGGACCACUGUAAGCAACUUCAACGUCUCUCGUUAUCCGGUCUGUUAACAGACCGUGUGUUUGAGUACAUCGGGAAACACGCUAAGAAGUUGGAAAUGCUUUCGAUAGCGUUUGCUGGUGAUAGUGAUAUGGGUUUGCAUCAUGUGUUAUCGGGGUGUGACAGCUUACGGAAGCUUGAGAUUAGAGAUUGCCCGUUCGGGGACAAGGCUUUGUUGGAUAAUGUUUCCAAAUUGGAGACAAUGCGAUCCCUUUGGAUGUCUUCGUGUUCGGUUAGUCUCGGUGCUUGUAAGCGGCUGAGUCAGAAGAUGCCUAGGCUUAACGUUGAAGUUAUCGAUGAGCAGGGAGACGUAGAUUCCAGAUCUGAUAAUUCUCCUGUUGAGAAGCUUUAUGUAUACCGCACGGUUGCUGGGCCUCGGUUUGACAUGCCUAGCUUUAUACGGAAUAUGGAUCAAAACCCUACAUGUAGGAGGUAGGAUGAUCGGUUGCUGCACUGUCUAAGGAUGAGAACAGAACGACACGCUUCAGUUAUUUUAGAGGUUCAUAUUUCCGUCUCCUCUUUCCCUUUCAGCCAUCGAGGAUCACAUUUCUGGCGUAAUUCACUUAGUUUCCGCGGUGUUUUUUUUUUUUUUUUUUAAUGUUCAGUUGGGUUUAAAACUGGACCAUGGUCAUACCACCAUGCCAUAGAAUCCAAUGAUUUCAGUGUCAUAACUGAUUAAAUCCACAAAAAAAAAAUGUUUCUUUUAUUGAAUGGUCAACUUAUGAGUGAUUAGUAUGA